AUGAAGCUCAACAUUGCCAACCCCGCGACGGGGCAACAAAAGACAGUCGACAUUGAUGAGGAAAGAAGAUACCGCAUCUUCUACGACAAGAAAAUCGCUCAGGAAGUCGAGGCUGACCCCCUUGGCGACGAAUGGAAAGGUUACAUCCUCCGCAUAACUGGCGGAAACGACAAACAAGGAUUUCCUAUGAAGCAAGGUGUCCUCCUUCCCCACCGUGUCCGUCUCCUUCUUGCCGACGGUCACUCGUGCUACCGCCCUCGCCGUGACGGUGAGCGCAGGCGCAAAUCUGUACGGGGGUGCAUCGUUGGCCCAGAUAUUCGCCGCGACAACGAGUUGCCGGGACUCACGGAUGAUGUGUUGCCCAAGCGUCUGGGUCCUAAGCGUGCAACGAAGAUACGGCGCUUCUUCAAUCUGAGCAAGGAGGACGACGUAAGGAAGUAUGUCAUCCGCCGGGAAGUGAAGAGUAAGAAGAAGGAGAACGCCAAGCCAUACACCAAGGCACCUAAAAUUCAACGACUCGUCACCCCUAUCCGUUUGCAACGCCGCCGUCACCUCCGCGCUCUCAACCGCCGCCGUAUCGACCGCAUAAAAGAACAGAAGGCAGAAUACGACACGUUGGUGCAAAAGCGCGUCGCUGAGAAGAAGGCAAAGGUUGCUGCUGCCAAAGCAUCACACAAGUGAGUUUGGUUCCUUUUUUACUUUGCAACGUGGUUGUCACCGAUCUGACAAUAUGAACAUCGAUGACGAUCGCUGACAACACACCUUGGGAAACCAGGACUGCAACUGCUUAAAUGCAUAAUUCCUCCGAGGCCUGGCUGCAUCCCAACCUACGCUUGCAUUCUUCCUUAGGCUAUGACCAUCCCCUCUCCUUAUGUUGCUUCCCACAUCAAUGUUAUUAGGCUUAGGGUUCAUAUGCCACCAAUGCUACGUCUUCUCACAUGCGGCAUGUUCGGAGAGACUCAUCUGUACGUGUUAGGUAAGAAAUCAUGUUGUUUGAAGUAUGUACACAUUUUCGUUUUGUGCUCGGGAGGGGACAGGCAUGAUAGCCGUUGUAACCUUAGCGUUAGAAGGAACCCGGCCUCGGAAAAUAGAAGCGUAUUCACAUCCGUGCGGUACGCCAGUCCUUUGCUGAACUUGUGAUACGCUGGAUCAGUAGGAGAGCAUAUGG